AUCAUUAUGCUGUCCACAUCUGUCGUCAAUAACACUGCCUUUCAUCCUUCCACAUUUAUUCUACUUGGAAUCCCUGGAAUGCAAGAUCAGCACGUGUGGGCCACCAUCCCCUUCUGCUCCAUGUAUAUCCUUGCUCUGGUUGGCAAUGGCACCAUCCUCUACAUCAUCAUGACAAAUAGAACUCUACAUGAGCCAAUGUACCUCUUCCUGUGCCUGCUUUCUAUCACUGACCUGGUUCUCUGUUCGACCACAUUGCCCAAAAUGCUAACAAUAUUUUGGUUUAGGUCCCACAUAAUUUCCUACCAUGGCUGCCUCACGCAGAUGUUUUUUGUUCACACUAUUUUUGCCACAGAGUCGGCUGUUCUGCUGGCCAUGGCUUUUGACCGCUAUGUGGCUAUCUGCCAUCCACUUCAUUAUACAUCCAUCCUCAAUGCCACAGUGAUUGGGAAGAUUGGUCUGGCAUGUGUGGUCCGUGGCCUUCUCUUUGUUUUCCCCUUUGUCAUCCUCAUCAAACGUUUACCCUUCUGUGGACACCACAUCAUCCCCCACACUUACUGUGAGCACAUGGGCAUUGCCAAGCUCGCCUGUGCCAGCAUCAAGCCCAACACCAUUUAUGGACUCACUGUGGCACUUUCAGUCACUGGCAUGGAUGUGGUCCUCAUCACCACCUCCUACGGCUUGAUCCUGCGGGCUGUGCUGCGCCUGCCCUCCAAGGAUGCCCAAUUCCGAGCAUUUAGCACUUGUGGAGCCCAUAUUUGUGUGAUUCUGGUUUUCUAUGCACCUGCCUUCUUUUCAUUUUUCACCCACCGCUUUGGCCACCAAGUACCUCCUCAUGUCCACAUUGUCCUUGCAAAUCUCUAUCUCCUCGUGCCCCCUGUUCUUAACCCCCUGGUCUAUGGCAUCAAUACCAAACAAAUCCGCCUAAGAAUAUUUGGCUUUUUUAUGGGAAGGAGGUAG